AAAAGACCAAAGAAGAAGAAGAAGCAGCAGUAGAGGAAGAAGCAGAAGAAGAGCGCGGAACAACAGAAAACAGUCGAAACGGUCGAAACGUUCGGUGGUCAACAUGGGAUCUGUGGAUCCGAGGAUGGAGGCCUUUAUACAAGGCAUGGUAAAUGACUGGUGCGCUGACUGGUACACAACGGUUGCCAUCAACGCUUUCAGAGGCGCGGACUACGAGAAAUUUUAUAAAUUUCGGGAUGUAAUUAAAGGUUUAGUUGCACUGCCAGUGGCAAACAGGGAAAAGUUCAAGAGACGGAUACGUGUGAUUCAGUUCCUGUCCCGGAUCCAUGACUGCAACAAACCGGGUGACAUGAGAGGGGGAAUACCAGCAGCUUUCGAUUUAAUCUUUGAGUACGAGGGAGACUGCUCACCGCUGGAGUCUGCUUUGCGGCUGGUCCUCUCCAUCGAACAGGAGAUCUUUGUUCCAUGGCAUGUUGCGGAGGAUACUAAGAAGUCUCUCUUAGAGGCGCUGGUGGCGACCUUGAGGAAGCAGCAUAGGAAACCGGAGGAACUUAUUCAAAAAUGGGAUUGCCCAAAAAACUUACAGAAAAAAAGACUUCUGGAGUUGCUGUCUAAGUAUGGGAUAGACCCUGCCUACGAGCAAUUUAGCUACGAGGCGUUCAAAAAAUCAAUGAUGGAAUUUUCCGAAAACAUCUUCACCAUGCCACAGCCUUUCUUGCGCUUGAUUGCAAAGGAGGAAAUCUCCAGCAAGUAUUUGUAUGAAGCCGGAAUGGGCAACUGUCAGCCAGCUUCGCGGGACGGAGAAGCCGGACCCUCGGCUAGGCUCACAACGCCUGUUGUAAUGUGAGUGUGUGUAUGAGGGAGCGCGAGCGUUCAUCUAGGAGUGAGUGAGUGCAUGCGUGUGUGUCUGCACAUGUGUGUGUGAGUGUAUGAGUGCGUGUGUGUC